AGGGGAAUUGGAAAAUUCACCAUUCUUAUGGCGUUGUGGUGCAGAAGAGAGAAAUUCAGCCAUGAAAAGAGCCUCUGUCUGUGUUUGUGAUUUGUGAAGAAAAGAGAAGAGAAGAGAGUUUUGUAUGAAAAGAGAGUAUGGACAAGAUGGACUUGUAUCAACGAGUUGUGACGUGUACAGCUUUGGUAUUGUGAUGAUGGAAGCAUUCACAAGGAGGAGGCCUAAUGAUGAAAUGUUUACAGGGGAUUUGAUCCUAAAACAUUGGGUAAACGACUCACUUCCUACCCGAGUUGCACAAAUUGUUGAUGCAGAUUUGAUAAGCCAAAAAGAAGAACCUCUACAUGCAAAGAUGCAAUGCUUUAUUUCUGUCAUGGAACUGGCUUUAAGCUGCACUUCAGUGUCACGAGAUGCUAGAGUCAACGUGAAAGAAGCUCUUUUGGGACUCAAGAAGGACUCGAGAAAUGUUAUGAUGAACGAAGCAUGCAGUAUACAGAUUGUAAAAUGGUAAUCUAUUAGCAGAACAUUUCACAGCCUUGAAUAUCUAAAAGCAUAUCCAGCAACAGAAACUUACUUUAAGGUACACCAAAUUAUUCUUUCCUGCUAAUUAAUGCAUAGGCCAGAAUGACAAUAACAAUAACGCGAUUAUUUUCUGAAGCAUACAUUAUGGGAAACAAAAGAAA